AUGGCCGGAACAGUCCCUGGGUUCCUCCGCAUUGCCUUAGAAACACGACUCCAGAUUUACACCAUUGUUCUCGACCAAAGACUUGGGUAUAACCCACCUCGCUACUUUGCUAUCUCAGAAGUCUCGAAACAAAUGCGGCGAGAGGUAUUACGUAUGCUUCUUGAUAAUUGCAAAUAUUUCCACAGUCUGGAACUCCUGGCAAAAUGGACGGCAAAGGGGCCGUCCCACUUGCUACCUAUGGUCUCCAAUAUAUCCGUUCAUAUCUUCGAAGACUCGCUCUUGCCGAUUGCGAAUACUCCGAGGAGAUACAUAGCAGAUUCCACGUGCUAUGAUCCUUCGACAGCCGAAUGGUGGGAAGCUGAAUACGCUCGACGGGCUCCUAUGACCGCAGACGAGAUUCCUAGGCAUUCUUGGUUGGCAAGCUUCCUAGAUUCUCUGACAAUAUCCGAACAGAAGGUAGAAUAUACCCAUGAUCCACGGCCAGUUUAUACUGCCUGGAAAGCUUUUACCUCUAUCAGUGAGGUUCGGAAGAUCUGGAUUUUGCUCAAGGACGGUAGUUAUCCCAACCCUACACGAAGACUCGACCUUGAGCAGCAGCUUCUGUUGGAUAUGAUGGCCGCGACAUUUACGCGUCUCCAAGAGCUCAGUGUGUUUUCCAACCUCAUCUCUCUGGAAUACAUCAGCAAAUUCCACGAUCUCCGGACACUGCGAUUCACCGGGUAUUCUACCUCAACACCUGCUGAGACAGCAGACAUUCUUUGCAGCCUAACGAAACUUGAAACUAUCAUCAUCUAUCGGUAUCCCGAUCAUAGCGACAAAAAUCACUCGAUCAUCACUUCUGAGCUUCCAAGAUAUCUCUCUUUAACUGCAGAGGUGAUUGCGAAGCUCCAUCCUCUCAAGAGAGUCGAGGUUCACCAUAUGGCCAGCACUAUUCCAUCACAGCAUGUCACAAUUCCUGUGAUGAAAGCCUUACAAGCUCACAUAAAUUGCCUACGAUCACUUUAUCUUGGCCCGGAUGCACCGCUUGAUUGUGAUGUUAUUCGUUCGAUCAUCCAGUUCACCGCUUCCUCACGGCUCCACGAUCUACAGCUCAGACUUGUCUUUGCGCGGCCGAUCACCCACUUGGAUCUCAGUACAGUCCUCCCGAGUACCAUCAAGCAUGGAGAAGUGUCUUUAACGCAGAAACUUAAUCCUCAGUUUGCGUAUGCACAAAUGUCGUAUCUCGAGAUUUCCUCAUCUCGAAGCUGUCUUUCCAAUACCAAGACAGCCAAGACUUGCAUGUGUUCUCAAAAGACGAUUGGAACUGUUCCUGCUCAGUAG